CUUCGGAACGAAUCUCGGGGCCUAAGUGUGAUAUAUUCCACGCUCGAUUCGCAAACUUGUCGAUGACACCGAGACCAGUUCGCGCGGUUUCUUUAAUUCGGAUUUGUGUUUGAAAAUACUGGUGAUACGCAGAGCAAUGGGAUAAUGAUGUUCACGAAUCGUUCCGUGAUCGUUUUAUUGUCGAUCGAAGUGUUGCUGUUCGCUUCGUAGCGUCUUUUUGGUGUUGAAUAAAUGUUUCAAUGAAGCGUAACCAUCUUGUGUAUUCUCGGUUUUCAUAACCUUUAAUACCAACACGAAACGAUUUGCCCUUUUUUAAGCGGCAUUAUUUUGAAGUGAUUUUUAUUGUACUUGUAAUGGAGAAAGCACAAACUGGAAUAGCGUAUAAUUCAGAAUCUAGUUCUACAAUCUCUUGUAUCGAUAGAAUCAAUAUUGAACUAGCAAAUGAAAUUACUAUUGAUACUACUGACAAUGAACUAUCGAAAGAGAGAGAAGAAGAGCUAUUAUUUGGUGUAGAAGAUGAAGGAGAUGAUGAAGAUGUACUAUCUGAUGAUAGCUUGCGCUUAAGAUUAUCUGAUGAUGAAGAUGUGGAGCAAGAAGAUAAUACAACAAACUCUACUAGUAUUACAGAAAUUAAAUUGCAGGAUAGAAAACCUGAAUAUGUAGAUGUAACCAUAGAAAAAAAAUUAUGCUCCGAUAUACAACAGAUAGUUGAAGAAGCUGACAAGCCUGAUAUUGGAAAAUCGGAGCAGAAGCAUAAUUCAGCAAUUAAGACUUCCCAAAAUUCAACAUUAUCCUUAGAUGACACAUCAGAAAACAAACGAAUACAAGAUAAUAUAUGUAAUUCUGAAAAUAGCAAUAUGACUGUUAGUGCAUCCAAUGAAAAAUGUACUUCCAAGUCUAAUAAAGAUUUAAAAAUUACUGUCGCAAGUAUUGAUUGUUCAAAUUCAACAUCUGAACAAUAUAUAGCAUUAGAAACUGUUAAUUUAUCUACAAAAAGUCAUAUACAAAUAAGUAAUCUUCAAAAUGCAGACUCAUUAAUUCACAGUAAUGAUAAUUUGAAAGAGAUAGUCAGCGAUCAUAAUGAGAUAAAUACCACAAACACUUAUGAGCUUAAUAAAUUGGAUAUUGUAGACAGUAAUGGUCCUAUCAUAGAUACUACUACCACUAAAGUUCAGGUUUAUAGUAAUGAAAAAUUGUCUACAUCUGCAAUUGUUUCCAACAGUAAUGAUGAUAAUUUAAGCGACAAAGUAGUAGAUAAGGUUUUUAAUGAUGAAAAUUAUCACUCUGUAGAAAGCCUAUUUGUCGAAAGUAAUAAUAGUCAAGAUUCUAUGGAUUCAACCAAAUCCGCUAGCUUUGAUGAUUUAUCAUCUCAUGAAGAUUAUGUUGAACAUAAAAGUAAAAAUAGAAAUCUAGAACAUGAGGAUGUAAUACAAAACAAAAACGCAUCAAAAAUACAACCUGUGGAAAAAGAAACGAGUAUUUUAUUAGUACAAAAUCAAAAUAAUUUGUGCAGUGUAAAAGACAGUAAAGAAGUAAUGAACGAAGAGCAUGAUAUUAAUAAAUCUGUAAUGCAAAUUAUAAAUAAUAAUUCUACAUCUACAUUAAAAAAGAUUUUGUUAGAACCUGUUGAUGUAGAAAAUUGUAACGAGAAUAAAAAUAUAAAUACUACAAAAAGGAAACAAUUAAAAAAAGCAAACAAUACAAAAGAAGAUUGUGUUAAAGAAGACAAGCAAGAAAAAAAGGAGAGCGGACGACAAAAAAGGAAAACAGCUAGAAAUGCAGAGGAGAUAAUCAGAAAAAAGUAUCUUAAUAGCGAUAGUGAUUCUAGUGAUUCUAGUACAGAACAAUUUGUAAAAGUGAAUCACAAAUUGAAUCAGGAUGUACAUCCUAUGUCACCUCCUUCAUUAAAACGUAAUUGUUCGGACAAUGAAAUUUUUAAUGGUGUUAAAAAAGUGAAAAUGAGUACCAAAUCUGAAGAAAAGAAUGAUAUUACAAAAUUAGCCUUCGUUAAAAAAUUUUUCCAAAGAGAUAUUAAAGAAAAAUUACCAAAACUUACACAGGAGGAAUUGGAAGAACUUUUAAUUCAGAAGAUUGCCGAAACAAUCACGAUGCGUAGUGAAAUCGGACAACUUAGAGAGCAAGCUCGCACAUCGGAGAAAUAUCAGGAAGUAAUGCGUACAAAACUGCAGCAAUUAACAAAGCAAGUGAGAGAUUUUGAAAUGGUUGUGAAUCGUAACACAAUAGACCGUCGUGCGAAUCCUGACAAGCCUGUCGCACCUAUAAAAAUAAAUAGAUCUGUAGGCUUACAAGUCAAUUUUAUAACGGAACACGGAUUACAGAGUUUACGGCAGGUACAACAGACUUCGCAUAUUAAACCUGCAAAUGUUCCGAGCAAUGUUAGUUCUUUAGCAACUGAGUCAAAUAAUAAUGCAACAAGACGCAGUGGAAUCAAAACGAGAUCGCCCCGACCUGCGAUGACUACGUCAACUCCUUCAAUUACACAGAACCCGAUACAAACGGCACCUCUUAUUCCUGUGACACCGGCGGCUUUAGUUGUUGCUAAACCUUUGGAAUCCUCACACACGCUAACAUUGUCUAGCCAAUCUACCGGCCUUCAGCCUAUUUUACCUGCUCCACAACAACAGAUUCAGCCACAAUCACAACAAGCUAUUGUUCUAAAUGGUAAAAUACAAAAUCAAAUAAAUCGUCCAACAGUGAUAACUUCAAAGUCAAAAAAUAGUGAUCUUAUUGAUCUUACAGAUGAAGAAGAAAAAAAUAAAUCAGCAAAUGUAAAAGUUACGGCUAUAACUACAACCUCUAUAUUAGAGCAAUUGAAUACACCGAAAUAUACACAAUCCUUUCAAAGGGUAAUACAAACAAUACCGACAAACGUAGCAAUUACAACGCAAUCGGCUAGUAUAAAAGUGAUAACAUCUAACCAACCACCAACAACUGCUCUUGUAAAUAAUAUGAAUCCGCCCAGGCUGGCAUAUGUGAUGCAAAGUGCAGGACCAAGACAAGUUCUAAUAACAUCAAAUACUACUAACCAGCAAGUACAGAUCCGACCAGUCACUACAUGCAGACCACCUUUUUCAACUGUUACCUAUAAGACAGGAAUGCCAACAAUUGCAAAUGGUACUGUGCGGGUACUAACCACACCAGUUCUAUCAAAUAUACAGAUAAAUAAGCAUCCUGCACCAUUACCAGAUACUCCGAGCUAUACAAUGACACCUGGCUGGAAACUUCCACCGCCAGCUCCAUCGUUAAAGAUUUCAAAAGUUUCAAAUGGUAUAGUACUAUCUUGGAACAUGAAUUUAUCAGAUAAAUAUGCAGAUAUUGCUAGUUACCAAUUGUAUGCAUACCAAGAAGUUGUUGGUGUAAAUCCUAGUACAUCAUUGUGGAAAAAAGUGGGAGAUGUGCGAGCGCUGCCGUUACCUAUGGCAUGUACUUUGACUCAGUUUUCUGAGGGUAACAAUUAUUAUUUUGCGGUCAGAGCAGUCGAUACACAUUCUAGAAAAGGACAGUAUAGUAUACCCGGUAAUAUCUCUGUAAAGAAAAAAAAGAUGUGUUAAGUCUUGUGAUCUCCAAUUCUUAUCUAUUAUUUCUUUUGCAUUCAAUGCGUAAUUGUGAUACAAAUAGUCUGUAGACAUCUCACAAUAAUAUGGCAUAUUACAUCAGAUCUAAUUCGGUAAUUUGAUUAAUAUCCAUUUUGGAUUCUUAAAUUUAAAUUAAAUAACUGCUACUAUUCAUAUUAUUCCUGUAAAUACUUUUAAUCACACAUGUAUAAUGUAUACAUAAUUUUCCUAACUUCAUAAUAGAUAUCUGGUUCUUUUCAUAUAUUAGAGUAAAAUACUAAGAUUGAUAUUACACCUAUAUAUAAUAAUAAUUUUUUUUGUUAAUCAUUUAUAAUAUGAAUUCGCGGAAUUAUUUUAAUGUUUAUGUUUUUUAAUUACCAUUAUUCAUAAAUAUUUAAUAAAUUUUCACAGUGCAUAGGACCAGAAAUUCUAGUCAAAAAAUUUCAUACUUCAUGAUUACAUGUAAUAUUACUUGAAGACUGCAAAGGAAUGUGUUAUCAUUAAAGUCUGGUUGAGAGUUGGAACAUGAUACGCGUCAAUAAACACUAAAGAUAGUGACAAAAGGAAGAUAAUUAUAGUACAAAAUGAAGGAAUAUUUUAAAUAUUAACUAUCUUUAUUAAUUAUAAUAUUAGCUAUCUUUUUUUGUCAAGAUAGUCUAUGGACUAUCAUAUAAUUUUACUUUCUUAUGAAACAGUAAUAGCUAUAUAAUGAUCAAUAUACAUUCUUUACUUUGUACUAAAAUUGCUUUACUCUUAAUCAUUGUCUUUCGCUCAACAUUCAGUGCCAACUGUCAAGUGGUAUAUCGCGUUUAACUUCGAACCAAGUUAUUCCUUCUAUUAACAAUAAAAAAUUGAAAAAACUUUUUCACAUUGUAUUUUCUUAAAACAUGAAUAAGAGACACUAACUAAAUUUAAUUAUUAUUUAAUUUUCGUUCAUUCUACAAUGAUAUAUAUUUUUCAAGCUGAUACUUUCUAAUAAUAAGCUCAGAAUAAUUGUUAUUUUGAGAAAAAAAGAAUGAUAUAAUUUGCUCAAUUUUUAUACAGUUAAAUUUGAAUGUGUAUUAUAAUGCUAAUAUGCAUCGUAGGGAAAAAUAUCUUUUAAUAAAUGAAAAAUGUGUGAAUCUUAAUCAUUAUGUAAAUAUAUCAAAGUGUAUCUGUAUCAUUAUUAAUUAUAUGUAGAUUAUACAAGUGUAUUUGUACAUGAUAUAGAUUAAAUUUAAAUUAAUGAACUUUAUCUUU